AAGCUGCAGGCGGGGGCUCCCGGCCUCCCCCCCGACCCCACGGGCCCGAUCCUAGCGGUUCCCCUUCCCAGGAGGAGGCGGCGGCGGCGGCGUCUGGUGCUGGUGGUAAUAAAGGGCUCCUUUGUGUCUUGGGCGGGGGCGGCGUUUGGAAGCUCCGUCUGGGGGCGCGACCAGCCGAGAGACUACUUGGCCCGAAACACAACCCCCUCUUCUCUGGCGGAAUGAGAGUCUUUUAGGAAGCAAAAGGAGGAGGGAGAAAAGUUCUCUCAAGCUUUGCCUGCGAGGCUUCAGGAGGAGGAAGAUCUUUCCACCAGGGAGUGGAUUCCCGCUGGGAUCUCGCGUGGGGGUGGGGGAGGGUCGCGUUUCUAAAGUUUUUAAAGGGCGUUCCCAGGGAAGAGCUUCCUUCUCCUCAAAACAAAUAAAAAACGACACUUUUUAAAAUUUUUGCUGUCUUGGAAACCCAAGAGUGCUGUGUUGCCACCAGUUCGAUGUGGAAUGAGCUUGGGCUGACGUGUGUCUCCAACCUUGAUGUGCAUAUGGAGGGGGUGCUGUGAGUAAUGGCCCCCACUCCGGCCCCAUUCCUCUUUGGAAUCCUUUGCUGAGGAAGCCUGACUUUGGACCACCAGCUGUGGAGGCUCCAACUGAACUCUCUCUUGAUACUCACCCUGUCCAAAGUUCUCUACUCUCCAGGAUGGUCCAUGUGCAGAGCACCUCUGACCUCUGUUGUCCUAAAGAUCCCAGCAUUUGGGGGUGUAGCACCCUGAGAAGAGAGAGAAUAUCGGGAAAGAAAUGUAGAUGAAGUACAGCAAGGAGAAUAGUAUAUAUUUUUUGUUGUUGGAGCCAGUUGGACUCAUUAGGUAACCCAAAUUAUUCACCAAGGUGUUUUUAAGAUCUUUGUUCUGAAGAGGUACAAAGUCUUGCACAGCUUCAUGCCAGGGCAUCACCCAAAGCUGGCUCCAUUGCCGUUCUCUGCCACUGCAAAGUCAUGAAAAAGAUCUAUUUAGGGCCGCCACUUAGCAGCACCCUGGAGGGGGCCUGUCAGUACCCUGACUACAGUGAGAUGCUGAGCACAGCCAGCAGUGGCUUCCCAACAACAGUGCAGAAUGAGGGCUGCAUUGGUGUGGACUCUGCCUCCCAGUCCCGGAAGAAACGAAAGCGCUGUGGGCUCUGCGCACCUUGCUUAAGGAAGGAAAACUGUGGGACUUGCACCCAUUGUGUGAAUCGAAGAACCAGCCACCAGGUCUGCAAGAUGAGGAAAUGUGAAGCUCUGAAGAAAAAGAAACUGGGAUGCAUGAGAGAGGUGGAAGUAAAGGACAAUAAAGACACCAGCACAUGGGAUCGAAAGCCAGCGGUGGAGACCGGUUUGGAGUGCAGUUCAGUUGAUGGACCCAAAACAGGCCAAAUGGAAGAAGGGCCAUUUAGCCAUGUUGAAGAAAGAAGGUUGAGCGAGGACCGUAUGCCUGGUCUGGCCAAUGGAGGAGGAUCCCAAGCCGCUGGAAGAGGGGCCAUGCUGAUGGAAACACCUGCAUGGCUCAACAGCUCCUGCGCUGAGCAGAAAGCCAACUGGGAGAGGCUGCCAUCUGCCCCAAGCCAGGGAGACUCCUCCAGCAAUGCCAACUUGGAGGGCGCUCAGAACUUGGUGGAUUUCUCGGCAGCAGCAGAAGCAGCCAUGUCUUCACACGGGAUGGUGCCUCUGCGGUCCCCUUCCUUGCUGAGCAUGCAGCUGUAUGAGAAAUUCAACGCCGAGAUGAAUCGCAGCAGUGGGGUAGACAAUGACCUGGCGGUGCCUCUUUCCAGCACCUGCUCUGGCAACGAGGACCUGACUGCUCUCAAAGCUGCUCUGAAUUAUGCAAAGCAUGGCGUCAAACCACCCAACUGCAACUGCGAUGGACCCGAGUGCCCAGACUACCUGGAGUGGCUUGAGAAGAAGAUCAGAUUGGCCACUGGAGAGGACCAGAGCUGCACCCCACAGCCUCUCAGCCAGGAACACCAACCCCCCCUAGACAAUGGUGCUAAUCAUAAGCUGAUGCCUGCUACAGAAGAGAAGGAGGCUUCGUGUUCCCUGGAGGCCCUCCCUCUUACGGAAAAUGCACUGAAUAUUGCGAAGGAGAAGAACAUCAGCCUCCAGACAGCCAUUGCUAUUGAAGCCCUCACACAGUUGUCAGCUGUUCUUCCUGAGCCAGCCCAAGAGACUCCUCCCCCUCCUCAGAGUCCCUUGCAAGCCAUGGCAUUCAUCUCCAAGGAACAGCUGGAGCAGCCUUCCUGUUUCCCCAACUCGGUGCUAUCUGAAUCCGGUGCUGAGCUGUACCAGAGCCAGGCCUCAAAAUCAUACAUGAGCCACAACCUGCUCCAAGCACCUGCAUCAUCAGCACCAUCUUCCUGGCAGCAGGGAGCAAAGGUUGCUCAGGAUAUGGCCCCCUAUUGCCUUGAUCGCAACAACGGACAUCUGGAGCCAUCAGAGCUGUUCCCCAACUCCUCCACCCCGCAAAAAGUGGAGUUCCCCGAGCAGUGGGGUGAUGAAGGCAAGCUGAAGAGCAGCCUAUGGGGCCUGCAUUCCAACACCCCUCCUUCUCCACUGGUGAGUGAUCCCAUGGCUGAGCUGGAGCAGCUACUGGGCAGCGCCACGGACUGCAUCAAAUCCGUGUUCAAGCGACCUGAAGCAAUGCCUGGCAAAGCCAAAGCUGCCAAGCCAAAGCAGGAGCCAUUCGCCCAGAAGGACGACAGCCCCGGCUACCCCAAGGCAGCCUCCUCCAGCCCACAGCUAUCGCAGCUCUUGCAGGAGACGAGCUUCCACAAGAAGACCCAGAAGGCUCUGCAGCACCACCUCCACCAUAAGCGCAGCCUUUUCGUGGACCAGAAGACACCUCCGGGAAGCCCCCAGGAGCAGAUGCCAAACUGGUGGGCUCCCAGCACCCAGGCCCAGCCACCACCACUACCAAAGCCAUCAGAAAAGCCUGUCAAGGAGAGGAAGAAGAAGGUCCAGCCUGAUAAAAAUACUCCAGCCAAGCCGCUGCGCAAGCAAGUCCAGAUCAAGAGGUCCAAGCAGAAGGAUGCUCAGCCCCUCUUCCUCCCUGUCAGCCAGAUCAGCUUGGAAGGACUCCGCUCGGUUGCCACUCCAGAGCGUCCGAGCAAAGAGAUGCCGCCUGAGCAGCUCCUGAUCUCCAGCACCCCUCCCAGGCUCUUGCCCCCUCUUCCCAUGCCACCCAGCCCUGCAGAGCAGUCUCCAUUGCAGAAGUUACUUGAAAACAGAAGCCCGGCUCCCAACACUCAGGAAACAUGCUGUCCCAACCAGGAGGAGAGCCAUUGCUACUACCCUGAGAACUCUGCAUGCAACACGGCUUCCCUUGCCGCUCCUGUGCCUGGCUUUGCCCCUUGCUCAUCCUCUGUGGCCUGCAGCAAUGGGCACGAGGAAGCCUUCCACAGGACUGCAAACCCAGCAGACCACCCUCUCUUCGCCCACAGUUCCAUCGCGAUGGAUGACAAGCUGGAGGAGCUGAUCAAGCAGUUUGAAGCGGAGUUUGGAGAAAAUUUCAGCUUUCAGAAUUCUGAGCUUCCUGCCCCACUGCUCCUUGGGGAUGGGCCACUUUCCGCCCCCCACCCUCCUCCUCCUUCUCCUCUGCCCCCAUUGUCUUCUCUGAGCCAUUCUCCAGAGCCCACGGUGGGCUUGGAUGCAGCUCUCCAGCCUCCGGCGAGCAAGGACUGCCCCCUGCCCCUGACAGGUGCUGCCAAUGCGGGUCACAAAACGUUACCCCUCUUGCCAGGGGCUGGGCAGCCUUUUGAAAACCCCUUUGCAGCUCGGUCCCCUAAGCAGAUAAAAAUCGAAUCUUCUGGUGCUAUUACCGUGGUGUCCACCACGUGCUUUUACUCUGAUGAAAACCAAAACACAGAUACCGCUUCCAUGGAAGGGACACCAACCAAGGAUAAAGUGCCACUCAUGCCUACUCUCAGUGGAUUUCUGGAAUCUCCCUUGAAGUACCUGGACACGCCAACCAAGAGCUUGCUGGACACGCCUGCCAAGCGCGCUCAAGCGGAGUUCCCGACUUGUGACUGCGUGGAGCAAAUAGUGGAAAAAGACGAAGGGCCCUAUUACACUCACCUGGGAUCUGGACCAACUGUGGCAGCCAUCAGGGAACUCAUGGAAGAACGGUAUGGUGAGAAGGGAAAAGCCAUCAGAAUUGAAAAAGUGAUCUACACAGGGAAGGAAGGAAAGAGCUCCCGCGGCUGCCCCAUCGCGAAGUGGGUCAUCAGGAGGCACAACUUAGAGGAGAAGCUCUUGUGCCUGGUGCGACACCGUGCUGGUCAUCACUGCCAGAAUGCUGUCAUCAUUAUCUUGAUUCUGGCCUGGGAGGGGAUCCCUCGUGCCCUGGGGGACACCCUGUACCAGGAGCUCACUGACACGCUCACGAAAUAUGGAAACCCCACCACCCGGCGAUGUGGGCUGAAUGACGACCGGACCUGCGCAUGUCAAGGCAAGGACCCCAACACCUGCGGUGCCUCUUUCUCCUUCGGCUGCUCUUGGAGCAUGUAUUUCAAUGGGUGCAAAUACGCUCGAAGCAAAACGCCCAGGAAAUUCAGACUUCAGGGAGACAACCCCAAAGAGGAAGAAGUUCUCAGAAGAAGCUUCCAGGACCUGGCCACAGAAGUCGCCCCACUUUAUAGGAGGCUGGCACCCCAGGCCUACAAAAAUCAGGUUACAAAUGAGGAUAUAGCAAUAGACUGCCGGCUUGGACUGAAAGAGGGGAGGCCCUUCUCUGGUGUGACAGCGUGCAUGGACUUCUGUGCUCACGCUCACAAAGAUCAGCAUAACCUUUACAAUGGGUGUACUGUGGUGUGUACCUUGACAAAAGAAGACAAUCGUACCACUGGGAGGAUCCCUGAAGAUGAACAGCUGCAUGUCCUUCCACUCUAUAAAAUGUCCCCCACCGAUGAGUUUGGCAGCGAGGAGAAUCAAGCUGCCAAGGUGGGCACGGGGGCAAUCCAGGUUCUCACCUCCUUCCCCAGAGAGGUGAGGAAGCUUCCUGAGCCAGCCAAGUCUUGCAGGCAGAGGCAGCUGGAAGCCAGGAAGGCAGCUGCUGAGAAAAAGAAAAUGCAGAAGGAGAAGCUGAUCACACCUGAGAAAAUCAAGCAGGAGGUUUUUGAGAUGCCACCACUUCAGCAGGAUGCAGAUAUGGCUUUGAAAAGUGGACAUUCCCAGCGGUCAGUCAAACCUUCCAUCAAAGUGGAACCUCAGAACCACUACAACACUUUCAAGUACAACGGGAACGCUGUCGUGGAAAGCUACUCGGUGCUGGGGAACUGCAGGCCCUCUGACCCAUACAGCAUGAACAGUGUUUACUCAUACCAUUCCUACUAUGCACAGCCUAACCUGCCUUCCAUGAAUGGGUUGCAUUCAAAGUUCUCUCUUCCAUCCUUUGGGUAUUAUGGAUUUUCCAGCAAUCACAUGUUUCACUCCCAGUUUUUGAAUUACGGUGACACAAGGAAUUCACCCUGGGCAGGCACCAGCUACGAGAAGAAGCCUGAUGUCCAAAUGUUGCAAAAUAACUUGAGCCAUGGUUACAAGAAUUCUGACCAGUUAGAUGAAAUCCCACCCACUGUACGAAACAAAAACCACCACCAGCGCACCUACGAGAGAUCCAGCAGGUAUUCAGGCAAGCCCACGGCUGUGCCCCAGAGGUGUAACUCUGUCCCUGCAGAAGCCCUGUCAUUUGCACAAAACACAAACUGCUUCAAUCACCGAACAAUCAAGCAAGAGCCAAUGGACUCUUUGUCACAGAUGGAGUCUUUUCAGAGAGCGGCUGCUAUUAAUGGCCAAAAUCCAAAUCUGAACCUAUCUGAUUUGUCCAUGUCAUCUCAGAAUGGAGGCCCAGAACAACAGUGGAGCCCUUACAAAGUCAACAGAAAUGAGUCCCCUUCGGACAGGACUAGUCAUGCUGAGAGCCCUUGGAACAUGUUUAUACCCAAUGACAAUGCCAGCGUUCUCAAUGCAAACACACAGAAUAAGUCCAGCUUGUUUGGUUCCCACUCAAAUGCUACCAGGUUACCACAGUCCCACCUCUUGGAAAAACAGUGGAAUAUGUUUCCUACAGAAGGACAGCCUUUGCCACCUGGCCCUGAUGUGCUGGGGAAAUCAUGGAGCCCUUGCAAAGUCAACGAGAACUCUUCAGCCUUUUCAGUGAAUUCAAACCUUCAGGAGAAGCCCUGGAACUUGGGGCAGCUGAAUUUUGGUUCCAUCAAGGGGAACUCCAGACUUCAAGAUGAACUUUGGGGUUCUGCCAAAGCAGAUGACAGGCGGACUCCUACACCGGGCACAGGAUUACCCAGCAGACCAUGGGCUUCCUUUGGCUCAUUGCCCUCUGUGGCAUCAGGUGUGUGUGGGGAGAAGCCAUUCCCUUCCUUGAAAGCCGAUGGUGGUACAAUGCUUCUGGAUGCUGGCCAGGAAGAAAGGCCAUGGGACUCAUUCAGCUUAGAUGACAGCAUGGAAGAGACACCCGAAAAGAGCAUCAAGGAGGAAGAAGAGGAGGAGGAUGAAGAGGUGUGGUCAGACAGUGAACACAACUUUCUGGAUGAGAACAUUGGCGGGGUGGCAGUGGCUCCGGCCCACGGCUCCAUCCUCAUAGAGUGUGCAAGGCGAGAGCUACAUGCCACCACCCCGCUGAAGAAGCCCAACCGGUGUCACCCCACACGCAUCUCCCUGGUCUUCUACCAGCACAAGAACUUAAACCAGCCCAAUCAUGGACUUGCCCUCUGGGAAGCAAAGAUGAAACAGCUGGCAGAGAGAGCCCGGGCGAGGCAGGAGGAGGCAGCCAGGCUUGGGCUCCAGCAGGACAUCAAAGCCUUUGGCAAGAAGCGGAAAUGGGGAGGCAGCUUGGCCACUGAGCCCCAGCAGAAGGAGAAGAAGGACACUGUCCCAACCCGGCAGGCCCUGGCCAUCCCAACAAACUCAGCUAUCACUGUGUCCUCCUAUGCCUACACCAAGGUAACUGGGCCGUACAGUCGCUGGAUUUGAGCAGAGCGCAGCUGGCAUGGGGCCAUUUUACCUCAAAGUCUGCAGCACUGGAACACAGUGCUGGUUUGUGGUGCUUUUUCCUUCGUGUGUCGGAGAGAAAUACGAAGCCAGGCCAAGUGUGACAUUUCCAGUAUAUUAUCUGCACUUGGGAGUUGAGCUGAAGAAACUUAUUGCUGUUAACAUUUUUCAGUAAUCUAAAAAUAUUUAUAUCUGUGCAUUUUUAAUCUGUACAUCAUGAUAAUGGCAAGAGAAAUUUGUAGUGUCCUUUCGCAAAGGAGAGCUUUUUAAUUCCAUUCCAAAAUACACAUGUGUAUAUUGGAUUUUUAACAGAAAUUAUUACAACUCUGAAGGGGAUUAUGUGACAUAGAAGCAAAAUUUAAAACUCAGCUGCACCCUAAGCCAAUAAGAAUCUGCACCAUCCAUCACAUCCAGGUGGGGUAGAAAUCUCACUUUAGAGACCUCCCAGAAACCGAGACUUACAAUUAAAGUAAUUGUAUAAUUUGCUGUGUGAUGGUUUCUUAGAGAUUUAGUAGAUCUCUUCCAGGAAGGAAAAAGGUUGGUGGAAGAAUUAAGUAGAGAAGACAAGAGACUACAAAUAGGCAACAGUUUCCACCUCAUUGGUUUUGAACAGAGCAUAAAAUUUUGUGUGACACUUCUCUUAACUUGGGAGGGGCCCCCAACAGAAUAGAUGGAUUCACACAGUGGGGAAGCUGUAAAAAGGUGACCCAAUUUGCCUGUUUCAAUCCUCAAGACAACUGAGUCUGCCUAGAGCAUCUGAGGGGAGCACCAGUCCUCUGGCAUGAGUGCAGCUGGCACACGUUGCUGUCUGUGUAAAAAUUAUGUCGUUUAAACCACUGCAAAGUCAGGUUUGCUGUGAGCUAGUGGCCUAACUUUAACCAGUUUCAGAGGAGGUGGAAAUGAAAAGAAUGAAGAUAAAGAUAUUAUUUCUGCCAC